UAUUCUUUCUUUCUCGGCUUAUCUCUCCCCACUCGAUUUCCCAGAAAGCACAAACAAAAAAUAAAAAACUCAGAAAAAAAAAAAGAGAAGAGAGAAGCCAUGUCUUCGCCGAGCAAGCGUAGAGAAAUGGAUUUGAUGAAACUGAUGAUGAGUGACUACAAGGUGGAGAUGAUCAACGAUGGCAUGCAAGAGUUCUUUGUCGAAUUCAAUGGACCCAAAGACAGUAUCUAUGAGGGAGGUGUGUGGAAGAUAAGAGUCGAACUUCCUGAUGCUUAUCCUUACAAAUCUCCAUCUGUUGGUUUCAUUACCAAAAUAUACCACCCUAAUGUCGAUGAAAUGUCGGGUUCUGUUUGUUUAGAUGUUAUUAACCAGACCUGGAGCCCGAUGUUCGACCUGGUGAAUGUGUUCGAGACGUUUCUUCCUCAACUUCUUCUGUAUCCGAAUCCGUCAGAUCCUUUGAAUGGAGAAGCAGCUGCCUUGAUGAUGCGUGAUCGUCCUACCUAUGAACAGAGAGUUAAAGAGUAUUGUGAGAAAUACGCAAAGCCAAGGGAGGAUGAUGAGGAAAUGUCUAGUGAUGAUGAAAUGAGUGAAGAAGACGAAUAUGCUUCAGACGGUGAUGAUGAAGAUGAUGUUGCAAUCGCCGGUAAACUUGAUCCUUAAAUCCGCAUUUGGUUUUGGUAUGACUAUGAAUCAUGUGGCCGGAUUAAAUAGAUGGCUAAACCAGGGGGAUAAAAAAGAAGCUGGUGACUUUGUAUGUAUAUGAAUAAUCAAUGAAUGUUUAAAGGUUCCAUCUUCAAUUGAACUGUAAAAUGAAUCUCUCUUUCUCAUGUCCUUUUACUUUGUUUCUUUAUUAUGGUCGUUUAAUGUAAAUUAUUGAAGCUCCUUUAAUCUUCA